CACAUAAUCUUCUUCCACAAUCCUGAUUCUUUUUCAAGUACACUUAUGUUCAUAUGUUUUAUGAUUUCAAUCCUUAUUUUUUUGUCAACUUCAGGAAUUUAAAUUAAAAGGUAUGAUGAGCCAAACCAACAAAGCACGUAAUUAAACGGCAUUACUACUCUUUAACAGGGUUCAGCUCAAUUAUUUGCGAACAAUAUUAGCGAAAAGUUGAAAACUAUCAUACUAGUGUUUGAAGCUGUGUUUACAAGGAGAGUUCCUAUCAAAGGUUUCAACCAAAAUGAAAAAUAGAAAAGCAGCUACAUUCUUGUAUCUAUUGGGGGACCGAGGGAUUAUUGAUAUGGGAAUUAGAAGAGCAGCUACAGUGGAGGAAGCAGUUCUGAGAGUUAGGAGAAGAAGAUGGUAUUGCGCGGCUGUUUUGAAUGAUAUUGAAGCUGAUCUCACUGCGCUUCAAGGGCACAUUGGCAAUAAAAUGGAGGAUACAAAUCUGUGGAAACAUGAGUCAGGAUUUAAAUCAAAUUUCUCAACAUUUGAGACUUGGAGGAUGGUGAGAGAAACAAGAACUCAAUGUGACUGGGUUAAAGACAUUUGGUUCUCCCAGGCUACUCCCAAGUUCUCGUUUAUAGCAUGGUUAGCGAUGUUGGACACAAUGCCAACAAUGGACAGAGUCUCGCGUUGGAACCAAGGAGUUGAUACUAUAUGUGUGUUGUGUAAGAAUGCUCAUGAGUCAAGAGACCAUCUAUUCUUUGAGUGCUCAUUUACCUCUCAGGUAUGGGAACAUCUGGUUAAGGGGAUUCUGAGUAAUGAUUACACAAAAGACUGGCAUGAAGUUGUGCAAUUGAUAACUGAUUCUUCCAUGGAAAAGAAAAAGCUAUUUUGUAUUCGUUAUGCUUUUCAGGCGGCUGUUAAUACAUUAUGGAGGGAAAGAAACAAAAUAAAGCAUGAUGACAAGCCGAUGUUGUUGCAUGCACUAAAGAAGAUGUUAGAUAAAGGGAUCAGAAACAAACUAAGCUUGGUGAAAGCAAUAAGGGGAAAGGGUAUGGAAGAGGUGUUGCAAUUUUGGUUUAGUACAAGAUUAUGAAUAUUUUUUGGAGAUAGGAGUCUAAGUGGUAGAAGGAGUCAGUUUUUAUACAAAG